CGCCGCCUGGUCAUGUCAGGAUGGAGAUCCGGCAGCACGAGUGGCUCUCGGCCUCCCCCCACGAGGGCUUUGAGCAGAUGAGGCUGAAAAGCCGCCCCAAGGAGCCCUCGCCGAGCCUGACCCGAGUGGGCGCGAACUUCUACAGCAGCGUCAAGCAGCAGGACUACAGCGCCAGCGUCUGGCUCCGGAGGAAAGACAAGCUGGAGCACUCCCAGCAGAAGUGCAUCGUGAUCUUUGCACUGGUGUGCUGCUUUGCCAUUCUCGUUGCAUUGAUAUUUUCAGCCGUGGACAUCAUGGGAGAGGAUGAGGAUGGGCUCUCAGAAAAAAAUUGUCAAAAUAAAUGUCGAAUUGCCCUGGUGGAAAAUAUUCCUGACGGCCUUACCUAUUCAGAAAAUGCACCAUUUCACUUAUCACUUUUCCAAGGCUGGAUGAAUUUACUCAGCAUGGCCAAAAAGUCUGUUGACAUAGUAUCUUCCCAUUGGGAUCUCAACCACAGUCAUCCAUCAGCAUGUCAGGGUCAACGUCUUUUCGAAAAGUUGCUCCAACUGACUUCUCAAAAUGUUGAAAUCAAGCUAGUGAGUGAUGUAACAGCUGAUUCAAAGGUAUUAGAAGCCUUGAAAUCAAAGGGAGCUGAGGUGACCUACAUGAACAUGACUGCCUACAACAAGGGCCGGCUGCAGUCCUCCUUCUGGAUUGUGGACAAACAGCAUGUUUACAUCGGCAGUGCUGGUUUGGACUGGCAGUCCCUGGGACAGAUGAAAGAACUUGGUGUCAUCUUCUACAACUGCAGCUGCCUGGUCCUAGAUUUACAAAGGAUAUUCGCUUUAUAUAGUUCAUUAAAAUUCAAGAGCAGAGUACCUCAGACCUGGUCCAAGAGGCUCUAUGGGGUCUAUGACAAUGAAAAGAAAUUGCAGCUUCAGUUGAACGAAACCAAAUCUCAAGCAUUUGUGUCGAAUUCUCCCAAACUGUUUUGCCCUAAAAACAGAAGCUUUGACAUAGACGCCAUCUACAGUGUAAUAGAUGAUGCCAAGCAAUACGUGUACAUCGCAGUCAUGGACUACCUGCCUAUCUCCAGCACAAGCACCAAAAGGACUUACUGGCCAGACUUGGAUGGGAAAAUUAGAGAAGCGUUAGUUUUGCGAAGCAUUAAAGUUCGACUCCUUAUCAGCUUCUGGAAGGAAACUGACCCCCUCACAUUUAACUUUAUUUCAUCUCUUAAAGCUAUUUGCACUGAAAUAGCCAACUGCAGUUUGAAAGUUAAAUUUUUUGAUCUGGAAAGAGAGAAUGCUUGUGUUACAAAAGAACAAAAGAAUCACACCUUCCCUAGAUUAAAUCGCAACAAGUACAUGGUGACGGAUGGCGCAGCUUAUAUAGGAAAUUUUGACUGGGUAGGGAAUGAUUUUACCCAGAAUGCUGGCACAGGCCUUGUUAUCAACCAAGCAGAUGUGAGAAACAACACAAGCAUCAUUAAGCAACUUAAGGAUGUAUUUGAAAGGGACUGGUACUCGCCCUACUCCAGAACCUUGCAGCCCACCAAGCAGGCGAACUGCUCAAGCCUCUUCAAACUCAGACCCUCCUCAAAUAAAACUGUCACCUACAACGCAAGUGGAAAGGACCCCUAGAGUGUAUAGUCUGAAUGAACAAACUUACAGGACACCUUAUAUUUCACAUUUAUACAAAAAAGACUUGAGGAGAGAAAAAUAAUUUAAUAUGUCUUUUUUAGGGAAAAAGCACACAAAAAAUAUUCUCUGAGUGACAUGUAAUAUCUUAUCUAACAAUAUCUUAGCCGCGUGUACACUAAAUUUAAGAAUUUUGUAUUUGUUACUUCUGACAGGGAAUGUCAUUUUGGCUUGGAAGUUAGUUUUUACGUUUGCAUACAAAUUUUAAGACUUUGAUGCCUCUUCCUUUCUAGUUUUAGAAAUUUUUCUGCUGACCACUUGGUCAGUUCUUAAGAAGCUUAGCAUGUGGUAAGCUCUUUUAUACCAUUCUGAGAACCGCUGACUUAGAGAGGAGAGUGAGCAUUUUGCCCUGGAGAAGAGACUGAUCAAACCAAAUAUUUGUCCUUGAAAACCAUUUCCAAGACCUAUAUAGUCAUGUAAGCAUGAACAGCUUACAUCUCAUGCCCAUCUUCAACACACUUGAAAAAUACCCUUUCUGCCUCCUUCUGCAUUUUUUCCAAUACCAUAGCUUUUAUUUUCUAUCACUGUCUCUUCUCACAAAAUAUUAUAUAGCACCCCUAUAUUCACCUAAACUUUAGUUCCAAGUGCGAUUGUAUCUUUUAUAUGUAUGAAUUGUUCAGAAUGGAUGCGAAAUGUUAAGAGCAGUCUUUAAUUUUCACCUUUCAACUGCAUUUUCCCUACCAAAUUGAUAUUUUAAAGCCACAGCCAACAAUGUGUAUCCUUUCUCUCAAACUCAGAAAACUCAUGUAGCCACCUGCUAAUAUCCAGCAAGCUAUUAAGUCUGCAUUAUAAGAAUAAAGUAGUUUUUCACAUUUUUGUUUAGUUUAUGGUGUUCAUAAGUGGAUUUUAAUUUCUUUAGAAUCCUUAUGCAGCUAAGAGUAUGCCAGCAAGCAUUUAUAGAGCUAUUUAAUAUACCUUCUGCUAUUUAAUAUACCAAAUGCUUUUCAGAGAAAUGCAAUUUAAAUACUGUGCUUAACAUAUUUUACUAAGAAACAAAAAAUAUUGGAUUAUUGUUCUAUGAUGUCCUUGUGUGUUGUUGUUUUAUAUCUAUACAAGAUAUAACCCUAUGUUAAUGGAGACUUGCUACACUAGAGAGAGGCUUGGCCUCUUCAGAACCCAGAGCAGGUGCCCUUCAGGACGUCUAGUCUUAAUGUUGCUCCUGACUCUCCCUGGCCUGGGAACAGAGUCCUGUACUUCUUGGCCUCAGGUUUCUACUGGUAAUGUAGGGACAGUAAUAAUCACCUACCUCGAAAGAUGUUGUCACAGUAGAAAAUAUUUAUAACUUGUUUUGAAAUCAAAAGAACCUAUAUAAAUGCUAAACAUUAUGAAGCAUAAUCUUUUUCUUGAAAUAAUGUUUGUGGUAUCCUGAUAUAAUCAAUAACAGGUUCACCCAGAGAACCCACAGGGGAAAACAAAUCCACAGCUUCCAAUUGCAAAUAUGGGUGAACACAGCAACGCAAAAGCCCUGCUGGAGAUCUGAAUUGUCAUCAUUUUGAUGGAACAUUUUGUUGGGUCACUUUGGCAUAAAUAAGAUCAAAACAAAACCAGACCAUUUGCUUGGGGUUCUUCUUUAAGACUGGCAUAUACAUGUGUCUUUAGAGCAAGAAAAAGCAAUCUCAAAUUUUUUUAUAUCUAGAGACUUGAUUUCUAAUAUGCCAGAAAGAGUGAUGUAGGAACCAACAAGCCCUGUCCAGUGGGUUCACUUGGUGGAAAAUGGCUAUUGUUGGUCAUCUAGUGAUUCCAUAACUUCCUUUCUUGUUGUUUCCAAGUGUUGCUUUACUGGAUAUCUAACCAGGCUGUGAAGAGAGUUGGAAGAGAGAUGUAUUUUUAAGAGUAACAUGUUUUUAUGAAUGACUAAGGGAUUCUUAAUGAAAUUCUGCAUCAGUAAUGGCCAGCCCAUAAGACUCUAAAUAUUUACCAUAUGCCCAUCCUUGUUUGAGUAGGGGGUUAUCCUGUCAGUCAUCUCAGUAAAGGUAGUUUUAAUGAUGAUUAACAAGAGAAUGCAAAAGAAAGUAAACAGAGUUGACAUGGAGACAAACAAACGUAAUAAUUUCACUCCUGGGCAAGGAAAAGCAACUGGGCUGGAUUUGAAAAGGGCAUCUAAAUAUUGGAGAGUCAGUUGCUUCCUUGUUCAUUCCCAAGUUGUCUCCAGUAUUUGUCAUAGCCAUGGGACAAGCAUAGGCUUGGUAUAAUGGCACCCCUUCACUGUUGCUACCUUUUGCAUAUGAUAGAAGAGAAUUUUGUCCUUUACGAAAUGACCAUUAUUGCCAUUUCCCUCUGAGCCCCAUCAAAAAGGUAGCUCCAGGAACUGUGUCCAGGAUUUUCUGCCAUGCACCACCAGCAGCAGAACCCUAACUGGCCAAGCAGGCCACCUCCUCAGGGUGGUCCAGUCAGCAGCAGCCAGGCCACUGUUUCCAGGAAGCAAAGUUAACCUUCAGUGGCAGCCAGGAAAACAGCCCCUGUUCAGAAAGUGUCAUAAAAAUGGGUUCAUGUCUCCUAAGAGAAAAUUUACUUCUGCAGAACUUUCUUUUUCAUUUGAGUGCUUUGUCUACCCCUCUAUAAGUAUUCUUCCUCUCUUUUAUACUUUGUGCCUGUGCUAAAUAGACUACCAACUUCCAUCUUCCCCCACCAACAAACAAUGCAGGAAUUAUUUCCCAGGAGGAAAAGAAGGCAAAACAAAAGCACUUUAAUUCAAGACUAUCUAUCUGAUAGAUAUCCAUGUCAGAAAUUAUGAGGAGGAGGGUGACCACUAACAUACAUUUUUUUCUCCAUAAACAUUCCAGGAAUUAUUUCCCAAGGGGGAGAAAAAGGAAAGCAGACACAAUUUGAGACCAUAUUUUAGGUUUCUGUGCUGCUAGCAUUAACCUAGUGCCUUAUUGGUUCUCAAGCAUUGAUUUAAAAACAGUGAUUCACUAUAUGAGAAUACUUCUGUUUACUGUGGAUCCAGUAGACCUUCUGAUAGACCUUCCGGUUGAAAACUUGCAUAUGAGUGUCAAUAGGUUCUAUGCAGCCUGCUGUCCUCCCAAACCACACAACUUUGAUCACUCCCAAAUCAAAUCAUUGACACACACUGUCAAAUAUCAAUACUGUUGACCUCCACUGCACUGCCACUGGCCACUAGUAUAUCCGAUAAUAGAAUCACAGCUCAUCAAACCACUGGAGAGGAAGUGGAACAUUCUGGGUUCUAUCCAUGCUCUGUAAAUGCCACACUUUGAGUACCUGAAAAUGAUAGAAGCAAGGCACACUGAAAAUGUCCCUACUGUCUCUAAAGCCCUUUGUAAAGAGAUGCUUCAUGGACUUCCAAAGUCUGGUGGAACAGAAUAAAUCUAACAUCUUUAAAAAGUCAAAGCAGACUAAGUAAAUGAAAGGGCUGUGGGAGAGCUUUGCGUCUGUGUAGCUCUGGGCACCACUUUUCCCAUUUGGACUGUGUUUGUGCUGCUGUUUGUCUCAUUUCUGAUUGGGUUCUUGCUGAGAUGGGUCUGAUCACAUUUUUGUUUGAUCUUACCCCUUGAAAACUGUGUUUUCUUACUGCAGUUACUGGUUUGUUAAAAGUGCCUUGCUGAACCUGGGACUGACAGAAGCUCAUUUCCCUCCAGCCUAUGGCUAUCCUCAAGUGACUUUGAUUCAUUCUGAGUUUUGCUUGUUUUUAGAAACUUUUAUUGAGAUAAAUUACAGGUGGUAAAACUAAAAAGACUAUAAGAAUUUCUUGAUUAGAUCAGACCCAGAGCCAUCUGUCUCAGGAAUUCUAUCCCAGAAUCUGCCUUUUUUUCUUUUUUCAUAAGUAUACCACUUAUGUGAGUUUCUCUGUCCAAAAAUCGUUUCGUUAUUUUCAACAUUUAAGGAAUGUAAAAAGCUACCUUCACUCUCAGUAGAGCAGUUAUCUUCUGUAAUGAAAGAUACUUUGCUAUGGGUUAUUCAAACUCAGCGCCUUAUAAACAACCCCCAUAUAUUGUGGAUGAAUGUUUGAUUCUUUGCUUUACUGUACUUAUUCUCAAUGAACUGGUGCAGUUUAUUAUAAGCCUUUUGAAGGAAAAAUUAUCAUAAUGUCCAUUUGGCCUAAGGUAGAUUGGAUAAAUUAAUCCAUAUUCAGCAUUUUUCCAUUCACUGUGAUUUAACAUCUUUCCUUUUCUUUUUACAUGUCGGUAACCAAAUAGCAGUUUAUUAUUUUUAUGUUAUUGAUUUAAAUUUGUGGAAGCUUUUUAAUAGUCCUGAAGUCAACCCUAGUUCAUAGCCUACCUUUCAUAUCUGAGAGAAUUCCUAUCAUUGGCUGAAUUAUAAAGAUACUGUGUUUUACGGUGACUAGAUAGGUAUACUUCAGAAGUUUCCUGAAAUUGUAAAAAAACAAAUUUUCUUAUUUUUGACCCAUUAGCAGUCUUGUACGUAGAGUUCUAAAAAAGUUUACUGAUCACUUAUGCUUCUUUUGGCAAUUUUAUGAAAAGAAAGAUGAGAUUUAAUAGGCUAUUAAAUUUUUCACUUAUGCAUUUUCUUUUGUUAUGUUCAACUACUAAACUACUAAUUCUGUUACAAAAGAGACCUUGAAUUUUUAAUGCUUCUUUAUGUAAAUAGGAUAAAGUUGUGCUGGACAUAUCUAUAUUAUUAACUUAAAGAUCCCUAAAUAAAUUGGUGUUUUUAAAGGGCUAAAUUUAGGGGCAUCAUUAAAACUCUUAAAUCUUUCAUAUAACCAAAUGCUCAAUUUUUUCAGAAGUAAAUGUUAUAUGUUUUUCGCAUUCUGUAAGAUGAGGCAUUUAUGUUUCUCCUCAGCUUGAUCUCAGAAACAAACGAUCUCUC